CACUUUGUUCGAUUGUCACUUUUGCUUUAUGAUCUGUCUUCUACAAAUAAGCAGUAUUUCACAUCCACCCUUAUUUUUCUAUUAUCAGCUGCUUAAUCACAGAAAUGGCUUCUAAAAGUGAAAAAGAACGUGCUAAACAAAUUCAAGAUCGAUGUCAGAAUAUUUUGAUUCAAUUACUUAAAGACGAGGACAAUAAAUACUGUGUUGAUUGUGACGCUAAGGGUCCCCGCUGGGCGUCAUGGAACCUGGGCAUAUUCCUCUGCAUUCGUUGCGCCGGUAUACACAGAAACCUCGGGGUCCACAUCUCCAAGGUGAAGAGUGUGAAUUUGGACUCGUGGACAACUGAACAAGUGGUAUACCUUCAACAGAUGGGCAACUCUAGAGCUCGUGCUGUCUAUGAGGCCAAUCUGCCGGACUCCUUCCGGAGACCUCAAAAUGACACUUCGUUAGAAGCCUUCAUUCGCGCCAAAUACGAGCAGAAGAAAUACAUAGCGAAGGAAUGGGUUCCUCCCCCUAUGCCGAAAGUGAACUGGGAUAAAGAAAUAGAUGAGGAAUUAGAAAAACAGAAACGCAAGAAAAGAGCCACAACAUCCGGUCUGGGGCCAUUACCGGCUCCGUCAGCUGAUAAGAAGUAUAAUAAAUCUGAUGUGAUUCCGAGUUUACCAAAACCAAAAUCGUCAGUCAGUCCCAAAUUGGGUAGAAAUACGCCUACCAAUCAAGUAGAGACCAAGACAUCUGAUAUAUCUGCUGAUCUUCUGGGCUUAGAUACAAAACAAGAAACAAAACCUCCAAAUAAUGAUGACAUAUUCUCUAGUUUCUUCUCAGCACCUCAGGAAAAACCAGCUGAAAAACCGGCGGAAGUCAAACCAGAUCUUAAGACUGAGGAGGAAAAUUUCUUCAAACAACCGGCUCCUACGGAAAAAGAAAAAUCAAAACUUACAAAAGACAGCAUACUUGCUUUGUAUAGCCAAACACCAGCAAAUACAUUAGCAAAUCAGUUCAACCAAGUCCAACCCCAGCCUGGUAAUACUCUAGCCAACCAAUUUAACCCUGUCCCGUCUCAGCCCGGCCUGGCAAUGGCCAAUCAGUUCACUGUCCCACCACAACAAUCUAAUACUCUGACCAACCAAUUCAAUCCUGUUCAGCCACAAACCGGUAAUCUAGGAAAUCAAUUCAACCCAGUCCAAUCCCAGAGUGGGGCGUUUGGGUUCGGUCAAGUCUACCAACCACCACCGCCAGCAGCAUUCAAUAACAUGAGUAUGCCUAAUGGCAUGCAGACUUUCAACCAAUUUCCACCAAUGGCAAAUCAAUUCCAGCCGUUCCAGAAUCAAAUAUCCCAGCCCUUACCUCAACAGGCCUUUCCACAAAACCAGCAAUUCUUCAAUGCACAACAAGCACCGUUAUCUCAACAGUUCAGCGGACUCAAUUUAGGCCAAGGUUUCAAUGCAUUCCCACAGAAUCCUAACGUUGCAAGCAAUACAUGGCAAUAAUGACAUAUAAUUUCUACGAGCAUUGUAGAUAUCGCAAAAUAUUAGGGCAUACCUGUAUUAGGUAGCGCCCAAUCGAGUCCCCAAUAGCCUUAUAUUUUUUUUAUAAUAUUGACGUUUAGACGUCAAGUGACAAGUUCAUGGUUACUAUAGACAAUAAUUGUCGCUCUCAAUAAUGGAGACAUCUUUUUUGUUCUAGUUAUUUACAGACGUCUAUUUAGAAAUUGUAUGCGAUUCUGCGGUCGUUCAGGCGUUUCAUCACCGAGACAAUUUAAAGUUUUUUUUUUUAAUAUAAAGACCUAUACUUUCUUAAAAAUCAUAAUUUAGGAUGUUGCAAUUUUAUGUAAUGUUUUAAUGUCUAAUUUAUGCGUGGACAGUGUUGCGUAUACAUUUUAUCGAUACUUAAAUUAAUAUUAGAUUUAUUUAUUUUUACGUAUUCCAAAAAAUAAUAAUGUUGUCAUCUAUAUUCAAAUUGAUUGUCGUUUAUUAAAUAUCACCUGCCAAUUUCACUCGCAGUCUCGGUGUGGCGAUUGAAAAAAAAAUCAAAUUAUAUUCGUAUUUUCUUGUGCAAUUAAAUUAUUUUUCCGUAUACACCUAUUAUUAUAGAAAUUAUAUUUUUUAAUAACUACUUUACACAUUAUUUUACUUAAUAUCAUGCACGUUUUAAAUAAGUUCUUAGUGUUGUGUGUAUGUAUAUAAUGAUAGUAUUAUAUUGAUUCCCGUUUCUAACUGAAAAUAAUUUUAGGUUAUGUCCCAUUAUUUCUGAGGACCAAAGCAAUAGAAGAAAAUAUAAAUGAUGUAUAUAACAAAAUAUUCGUGUUUAAUGAAUGAAAUUAGAAUUUAGAUAUUUCCUAAAACAUCCUGUUACAAUAUGAAUUAUCGGAUUUUUCCUAGAUGAAGAACAUUUCUCUGACAGCAGUCUGACCUGUUGAAUAAUAAAUGUGUUAGUUCGGUUUAAAUAUUUAUCUUGAUAUAAACAUCGCAAUACAAUAUUUAAUUACUUUUAAAACUCAAAAUAUUUCUUAUAUACUAUACGUGUAUGUUUAUUGCUGGAGUGCGUGUGGUGCAUUGGAGUAACAUUUACUUAAUUUUUUUUUAAAUAAUAUCGUAUGUAAAUUGCGUUAGAUCUUUAUUCAUUUAUGUCCGUCGCCAUUUUGUUAUAAGUUAUUGUAAUUAUUUUGAGUAUUAAAUAUGUUUAUUUUUUAAAUAAAUCACCUUUCUAUUGAA